AUGGUAGAGAAAGGCCUGUCCUCUGUCAACGACCAGAGCCAGACCGGCGCUGACGCCGACACAUCCUCGGAUGACAAUGACACCAUGGAUGCCCAGCUGGAGGAGCGCCUGUCCCACCACCUGGCCGGCUUGCAGCAGGUCCUCACCCACCUCACCAGGGACGCCAACGCCCUCACCCGGAGGUACAGCCAGAUCCUGGAGCAGAUCAGCCCCAGCGAGGGGCAGCCCAGCUGGUGACCCUGCCCCGUCCGCCAGGAUGGGUGCUGGUGGCACGACGGAGAAGACGUCCCCAUCGCUGACCGUCGUGGGCUCUUCCCCAGCCCCGCUCACCCUCCCCGCACCGCAGCAGCUGAUCUCCCAGCGCUGGCACCGCACGCCGGCGCCGGCUGGGACCACCCGAGGACCAGAUGGUGCCUUAUCCUCAUAGGAAGAAGCAUCUGGAUGUGCUGGGAGGUCCGUCAGAAGAGCCACACGGCUCGUGCCCUCCUCUUUAUUUUCAAAGAGUGGCACGAAGGCGGCGGCGUUGCACGGUGGCCCCGACCUCCGACGGUCCCCUGCGACUGCCGAGCCCUUUUCCAGCUGGUAC